GCCGCUGCUGCUGCUGCCGCCGCCGCCGCUGCCGCCGCCGCCGCCGCCUCUGCUGCCGCCACGGCCCCGGCCCGCCGAGAGACGGGCAGAAGAGCCGCAAUGAGGAGCUUCGAACUGUAGAAGGAAAGUAGGUCGCACCCACUGAAAAUGCCUCUAAGGGACAAGUGCUGUCAGACUGACCACCAUCAUCAUGGAUGCUGUGAACCAGUGUAUAUUCUGGAACCUGGAGAUCCUCCUUUGUUACAGCAACCACUGCAGACUUCCAAAUCUGGCAUUCAACAAAUUAUUGAAUGCUUUCGAUCAGGAACUAAACAACUAAAACACAUUUUAUUAAGAGAUGUGGACACAAUUUUUGAGUGUAAAUUAUGUCGCAGUCUCUUCAGAGGAUUACCCAAUUUAAUUACUCAUAAAAAAUUCUACUGCCCUCCAAGUCUCCAGAUGGAUGACAACCUUCCUGAUGUAAAUGAUAAACAAAGCCAAGCCAUAAAUGAUCUCCUAGAAGCCAUUUAUCCAAGCGUGGACAAGCGAGAAUAUAUUAUUAGGCUAGAACCUAUAGAAACUAAUCAGAAUGCAGUAUUUCAGUAUAUUUCAAGGACUAAUAAUCCAGCUGAGGUCACUGAGACAAGUAAUUCUCCUGAUCAAACUCAAGUUCAGAUGCAAGAACCUAACAUUGAACAGUCCAAAACAACUCCAGUUCCAGAUACUGAAGUAGAAAUUGUAGAGCCCCCUCCUGCAGAAACGGUUGUGAGUGAAGCAACACCAACUUCUGAUGAACAGCCUCAGGAAUCACACACUGAUUUGGAAGCCUCUGAUAAUUCUGAUUUUGGCCACCAGUUGAUUUGUUGUCUUUGUAGAAAAGAAUUCAAUUCCAGACGUGGUGUUCGUCGACACAUUAGAAAAGUACACAAAAAAAAGAUGGAAGAACUAAAGAAGUAUAUUGAAACACGAAAGAAUCCAAACCAGUCCUCUACUAAAGGGCGCAAUAAGAAUGUUCUAGUAACAUUGAGUAGGAGUUGUCCAGUAUGUUAUAAAUCAUUUGCUACAAAAGCAAAUGUAAGGAGGCAUUUUGAUGAAGUUCAUAGAGGACUGAGGAGGGAUUCAAUUACUCCUGAUAUAGCUACAAAGCCUGGGCAGCCUUUGUUCCUGGAUACUGUUUCUCCUAAAAAAUCUUUUAAGACUAGGAAACAAAAGUCUUCUUCAAAGGCUGAAUACAAUUUAACUGCAUGCAAAUGCCUUCUUUGCAAGAGAAAAUAUAGUUCACAAAUAAUGCUUAAAAGACAUAUGCAAAUUGUCCACAAGAUAACUCUUUCUGGAACAAACUCUAAAAGAGAGAAAGGCCCUAAUAAUACUGCCAACAGCACAGAAAUAAAAGUAAAAGUUGAACCAUCAGACUCUGUAGAAUCUUCACCCCCUUCUAUUACCCAUUCUCCGCAGAAUGAAUUAAAGGGAACAAAUCAUUCAAAUGAGAAAAAGAACACACCGGCAGCACAGAAAAAUAAAGUUAAGCAAGACUCAGACAGCCCUAAAUCAACGAGUCCUUCUGCUGCAGGUGGCCAGCAAAAAACCAGGAAACCAAAACUUUCAGCUGGCUUUGACUUCAAGCAACUUUACUGUAAACUUUGUAAACGCCAAUUUACUUCCAAACAGAACUUGACUAAACACAUUGAGUUGCACACAGAUGGAAAUAACAUUUAUGUUAAAUUUUAUAAGUGUCCACUUUGCACUUAUGAAACGCGUCGGAAACGUGAUGUGAUAAGGCACAUAACUGUGGUUCACAAAAAAUCAUCACGUUAUCUUGGGAAAAUCACAGCCAGUUUAGAGAUCAGAGCUAUAAAAAAGCCCAUUGAUUUUGUUCUAAAUAAAGUGGCAAAAAGAGGCCCUCCACGGGAUGAAGCGAAGCAAAACGAUUCAAAACAUGAUGGAACUUCUAAUUCUCCCAACAAAAAGUAUGAAGUAGCUGAUGUUGGCAUUGAAGUAAAAGUCACAAAAAACUUUUCUCUUCACAGAUGCAAUAAGUGUGGAAAAGCAUUUGCAAAAAAGACUUAUCUUGAACAUCAUAAGAAAACUCAUAAGGCAAAUGCUUCUAAUUCACCUGAAGGAAAUAAAACCAAAGGCCGAAGUACAAGAUCUAAGGCUCUUGUCUGGUGAGGAACAGUUACAGAGUUUUGCUUCCCCCCCACCCCUUUUCAAAACUAAAAAAAAUAUCAUUUGGCCAUAAUUUAUAGCAGGUUCCAUUUUAACAGCUAACAUGCCACAUAUCUGAUGGCAGUGGGAACUGAGGAGAAAUGUAUGUAUUGGCAUUUACUUCAGUGACCUUUAUUCCACUGACUUGGGAACAAAAGUUAACUUCAGAGUUUAUCUUCUACAGGACAAUGCAACAUAGCUAUAGGUAGCAUGGAGCCAGUGCUAUUCUUUUAAUAUUGUAAAAUAUGUGCAUUUAUAUUGGCUUAUGUUUAUAGUAGAAGACCUCUGUUUUACUAACUUUGCACAGAUUUGAUUCAGCAACUUAGUCUACUAAUGAACUUUAUGCAGGAAAGUUACAGAGAUAAUAGAAUGAAGAUUUGUGAAGGCUAUAUUAUAGGGAAAAUCUUUUAAGGCACUGUAAUUAUUGUAAAAUUGAUUUGUGAUGGCUAAAUAAAGUGCUACACAGAAAAAUCUCUAAAUUAAUUUAGAAUAUUUAGCAGUAAUAAAACAUUUAUUAAUUACUUUUUAACAUAGUGUUUCAAAGCAAGGGGAAAACUUAGUAAACAAAAAUUGAAUUUUGUUUUAAGGUUUUUUUGGUUACUGUUUUUCAGUUUUGUUUUAUGGAAAUAAUGAUAAUUUAGUUAGUCCCAGAAUGUUUUAGUUUUCCCCCGUUUGUUCAAAUAAACUUUUUGGUGAUUAUUUCAACUUAAUUAAUAAUUUUACCUCAAGAUUUUUUUUUUUUUUUGGUUUUUGUUUUACUUUGUUUUUAUAUGUAUAGCAAGAAGUAGGUUAACAUCCCUAACAGAGAAAAUAGAAAUUUUAAAAAUUACAUUUUAAGAAAGUUUUGAAAUAAAUACAAAAUUUAAAAUGCAAUAUAAAAUACAGAAUAAACAGGUAGAAAUAUCUUCUACUUGUUUUGACAAAUAUAUGCAUUUUAAAGACUUUAUCAUUAAUACUUGAGUACCCUUGAAUUGAGGUCUCUGAUGAAUAAUAAAUUAAUUUUUGGAUUUAACUUCUAAGGCAGAUUAGUUUGAUUAUGGAGUAACUUAAACUGUAUGUACAAGCUUAAAGUCACAAACCUUUCCUUCUAUUUAUGUGGAAAACUUUAAAUGAAAUUAUCAUUUUAUUAUUCAUUUUAACUAUUGUAUAACUUUAAGAUUUUAUUGGCAAACUCAAAGGUGUUAAUUUAUUCCCAUUUCUCCUCAGAUAACUUCAAGUGAUGUACGGAAAGGUUUGGAGUUCAUUUAUGUGGAAAGACUUUAAAUUGGUGUUAGAACCACUAACGUCUUCAAAUGGUACUAUAAAGAAAAAAAGAAAACUAUUUUCAUAAAUAUUCAACUGUUACUGCUGUUUUCUAACUAAAUUAAUAACCAUCUGACUACAUGUUUCUAAGGCCAUUGCCUCUUCCAACACUUUCAAAUAGCUAUGAAGUUAACCUUAUUCUACCUACAUCAUAGUUUGUCUUACCAUGUACAUUUGGUCUACAGGCUCACCCUACUGUAUUUAAAAACAAAAAGUUGCAAAAUUUGUUUUCCUUUAAAGACCAGAAGCUUUAGGCAUUCAACAAUUUGAGGGAAUAUCUCUGUUGGUGGUGGUAUUUGACAAAGAAGUUCUGUCAUAGUUUCAUUUUAUUUGGCAAGAUUUUCAUCCAGGUUGUGUGCAUGAUUUCAAAAAUUUCUCAAGUGAAUGUAUGCUAAGAACAGACUAUUAAAACACAGAGGAACUUAAGUCUGCUGAAUAUUAAUACUUGUCCUCACUUCAGUUCAUCUCCAACUGAUUUUCUAGUGUAAUGAAAGUUUCAUUGUACAAAAAAAGUAGUGUAGAGAAAGUUCCAGUUCAUUUUCAUGCAUGGUUCAUAGUAACACCUUUAAUUUGUAAACAUUUGAGGUUUUUAUGAAAAUCAAACAUUCCCCUAUUUUUUCUUUAAAUUUUUUACACAAGCACUUUAAUGAUAGAUGCAACUUAAUUUUUCAGUUUCUAUUUUUUUAAAUGGGCAACACAUUUACUAAUGUUAAUAUGAAGGUAGUAAAUAUCUUACUGAUAUUUUAUAUUUACAGACAAUCCAUGCACAACCACUUCUUAUGAUGUUAGUUUUAUUUCUUUAAAUAUUGCUACAUAGGGAGGAAGAAAAGAGAAACUAAGAAAACUUUUUUCUCUCAAGAAAAUUUCAAGCAACCACUUUAGAUAACAUUUGAUUUUUGCUAUAGAAUUUGCAAAAUAAUGAAUUCUUUUGCAAUGAAUUCUUUUCCAAUUUAUAAUAAAUCAAGAUUUUAGGGAAAAAAGGUAAACCUAUCAUUACAAAUUUCUUGGUAGGUUUCUGUGUACCAACAUUUUGUACUUUUUAGGAAAAACCAUUUUGUUUUUUAGAAAUUUGUGUCAAAUUAUCCUAAUUUCAAAAGGUUCAAGAGAAAAUAUACCAUGUUUUUAUAAUAGGUUCAUACCUGUAAUUAGGAGGGACCCUGUUUCCAUUUGCUUUUUGUAUAAAAUCUAAAAAUGUUGAAGAUCACAAGGUCAUAAGAAUAAAAUGCUUCUAUAGAUAGAAAAAAAACAUUUAGCCUUCCUAGUGCUUUGCACUAAAAUAUACUGUGAAAGGAAACUAGAAAGACUGUAACUGUUGCUGGAAAUGUUCUUUAUUGAAUGUACAUUCUUUUGUUUGGACAAAUGUACUGUAUGUGAUGGAAAUAAACCAGACUCGAAGUCACUUCAGCUAAAUGUGCUUCAACAAAGGUGCAUUGGUUGAACCAUAAA